GUUCAGUUGUACAAACUUUUUUGGCAUUCAGAGUUGGCGCGCGUGCAAUUGUGAACAGCGUUGCGCGAGUAGGAGAAUAAAAACAGUUAAAUUAAAAUAACUUGUUCAAAGAACUAGCAACUAUUCAAUUUAAUAAAUUAAUUCAUUUUUAUAUGAAGCUGCAGCGUUAAUAACGUGUAUAAUGUUGGCACAGGAGAUUGCACCGACAGAAAUUGGGAAACACGCAAAUAUUAUUCGAGCUGCCCAGGAGGAGUUGGCCAACAUGGAUGUGCUCGUUUGUGGCCGAUGCCUGCGCGCUUUUAACUUUGUGGAAGAGUUCCGAGCGCACAAGGAAGACGAUGCCUGCGAAAAAGAGAAUUCGAAUUUGAAGGAUUCACUCGAUACGAAGCCCAUCAUUUGGGCAUUCACACUAUGGAAGGCCACACAGUUGCACACACGCAAGGGCAGCAACUCGUCCUCCAAUUCCUGGGCACUUUAUCAACACUGGGUCAAGCUAGAGGAGAGUGUGCGUGAACCGUGGAUUGUGGCUGGCAGGACAAUACAGUCCUUUGGAAAGAUCGGUCAUGGCCAGUUGCAGGAUAUGCCGGUGCGCAUCACCAAGACGGUGGUGAAUCCCACCAACAAUAACAACAACAACAGCACAGCCAACAGCAACACAUCCUCCAGUGUGUCACCCACAAGAAAAUCUCCUGGCAGCAAGCUGGGCACAAUUGCAUCCCAGAUUAAGGACACAGAGAACGAGCGUCCCAAAUCCAAGCCAGGCACGCCCACGCCUACCGGUGGCUCUUCGCCCGUGAAGAAUAACAAUCGGAUUGCCAUUCGUGUCGAUCCCAAGACCGAACAACGCACUGAGGAGGCAGUGGAGAGCAUUGUGGCGAAACGUUAUAACCCACGGCGACGCACACACGAAUAUCUGGUGAAAUGGAUCGAUCGAUCGCACAAUGAGAACACUUGGGAGGUAAUGGCGAACCUGGAGCGUGUUCCCUACUUUUUGCAAAUGUUUGAGAAGCAGUUGGCACGCCAAAAGCUAAAGCGUGAGAAGAGCUUGGACGCUUUGAAACGCUUGCAGCAAGAGAAACAGCAACAGGAUAAACAGACUACGAUAAAAACGGAUACAGCACCGCUAAGUCCGCAAUCCUCAUCGGCGAUAUCACCAAAUUCUUCGGCAGUUGCUGGCUCGCGUCCUUCGCGCACUUCGAAAACCAAAGCGAUGGAUCAAUUCAAACAGUGGGUUAAUGAGAGUGCUGGCGGCGAGGGAUCCACCUCGCCCUCGUCGGCCAACGAGGACGAGUCGGCCACGGAGCAGGAAUGGUCAACAGCUGCCACAACGACCAUGAAGCGUAAAUUGAAUCAUACGGAUUCCAGUGCCGAGGGUACUGGCUUGAAUGCAUCCAAUGAUUCCAUGGAAAUGGAAGAUCUCGAAGAGGAUCUAAUACCAUCGCAUACGGUGAAGCGUUUAAAAAACGGCGGCAGUUCCGUGCAGUUGAAUAAGCCCAAAAUCCAAUCGGCGGUGUCAGCAACAGCGUCGCCACGCGUCAAUGGCAACACAUCGUCCUCGUCCAGUGGUCUGGCUGGCGAGCAUGACUCCAAGAUGGGCGAAAUCAUCUACACGGACGACAGCACCAGCACCGGAAUGUUUCGUAAACCCGAAAUGCCCAAUACCAUUCAAGCAAAGCGUCAAAAAACCGAGUGUCCUGUGAGAUAUUUAACGCGCACAGAGAUCAACGCCAACACCAGAGGAAUCUUUCGGGUAGAGAACGCAGAAGGUGGCAGCCCAGUAUCUUCUGCAGUUAAGAGCGUUCCUGCUGCAGCCUCCGCCUCAACUGUUGCGCCAGCUGCCAAGCGCAUGGCUGUGGCACGAGCAUCUGGAACGAGCUCUCCUCUGACUGUUGGCCAGCGCCCGCAUGUGUUGCGCACCUUUGGCCAGGGCGGCGGCAAUCAGCUUCAACGCCGGCCGGCGGGAACCAGCAGCACACCGAAUCCACUGCGACAACAGGCUGGAACUCCAGCACGAGGCGGUGGACGGAUGGUUGUAGCACGAGCCAAUACGCCACAGCAACAACAGCAGCGGCAAGUGGCAGGCGCCGGUGGCAAAGUUGUGACGCCCGAACAAAAGAUACUGCAGCUAUCGAAGUCGGGAGAUCUCAAAGUGACGCGGAAGGUGAUGACCCGAGAGGAUCAAUUGGCACAGCGUGCAGCUCAAGUUCGACAACAGCGACAGCAACAAGCUCAGGCCUUGCAGCAACAGCAGCAGCAACAACAACAGCAGCAGGUGCAAAUCCAGAAGGUGCAGCAGCUGACACCGCUGCGACAACGCACUGCAAAUGCGCCACCAGCCACCAAGCAAAUCGAGAUGGAAAUCGAACAGGAAGAUCUGCAACAGCAUCAGGCACAGCUGUGUCCCAUUACGGGAAAACUGAUUGGCCAAGAGGAGACGCAGCUGCAGAUGGAGCAAGAGCAACAGCAGGAACAGCAGCGCGAACAAUUCGAGGCUGCCGCACAAGCGCUGCUGGGCGGCGGCGAUCAGCAGGUGCUCACCAAUGAGGAUGGCUCAGCGUUGUUGGUGCGAGGCGAAGAUGGCACCGUCUACCAGGUGGCCGGCAAGAAUGCCGAAGGUCAGACAAUCCUGGUGACCCAGGGUCCCGAUGGUGAGCAGCAAUUCGCCUAUGUGGCCGCUGCGGAGGGUGAGGAUCAGGAUGUGCUCACGCUGGACAAUGCUGUGGCCGAGGCAGUGGCAGCAGUGGGUCAGCAAGGCGAAGCCACUGCCGACGGUGAGCACAUAUUGGUCAGCAUGACUGAAGAAGAGUUGGCGCAACAUCAAGCGGCUGUGCUGCAACAACAGCAACAGGAGGCGACAACAGCGGGCAGCACUCCGCAUACGGCGCAAAUUCACAUCACAACGUCAGACAGCGACGGGACUGAGGCCCAAAUACCCGCCGAAGUGGUCCAAGCGGACUUACCAUCGCCGGGUGGCACGCGUCGCGUUGUUUUGUUGCUGCAGGAUGGCACAUUUAUGAUGACUGAAAUGCAGGAGGAUCAGUUCAAGACGCUAAAUAUCCCGACGUAAAUAAAGAAACAAUAUAAAUAUAUGGUAACAACUCCUAGGCAUAUGUAUAUGUAACUUGUAAGGCAUUAUAAUAACUAGAAUGAAAGCACGGGCCGCCAAAAAUUAUGGAAGCCUUCUUAGACUUGAAGCGCAUUAGGCAUUAACCAACCUCCUUCAUCAUCAUCUUCCUCAUCCCGUAGCAGCAGCUCCCAUUAUGCCAAUAUCAUAUCGCACUUCAAAAUGCUCGUAAAGAUUCAUUCUUUUUUAAAUAUAUAUCAAAUCAAUAUUUAUUUCUCCACUCGAUGCAAUUGCUGUUUCUUCAACGCAAUGAAAUGUUAUUCCAAAAAAAUAAAGAAAAAAUAAA